UUGAUAUUUGGACAUGGUAAGGCCAUUCAUCGGAUGGAUCUUGAUGGGAAAAACCAAAGACGGCUUGUGGCCAGCGUGGGAAGUUCUAUCCUUCUCGACUUUCAUUUCAGAGAGGAGAAAAUAUACUGGGCUGACCAGCACACUGGGGUCAUCUAUAAAGCAUCAGCGAGAAGAGCUCACAGACAGAAACUGUACUCAUCAGGCAAAAAUAUCUCAGGCCUUGCAGUGGACUGGAUCUGGAACAGUGUAUACUGGUCAAGUGGAGAAAAGGGAAAAAUCAAGAGAAUGGAUUUAAAUGGGAAAAAUGGACGGACUCUUUUGAGACACUUGACCCGCCCAAGUUCGAUUACUAUCGAUCCAACAAGAAGGUUUCUUUUCUGGCUUUCCGGUGGAGUAACUCCAAGCAUCCAGCGAUCUGAUCUGACAGGACUGAGGAAAACAAUGCUUAUUAAAAUGUCAGAACAACUGAAAGCACUGACAGUUGAUCUUGAAGACAAACGAUUGUUCUGGGUUCAAUUUGGUCUGCAAGGAGAAAGUGCUGUUGCCUCUUGUGAUUACAACGGGAAUGUUCUCCACAUCAUGGAUCAGCCACUUCGGUUUCAGUCACUUGGGAUAUCUAUUUUCCUGGAGCACUUAUACUUCACUGACAGAGAAUCUCGGGUUAUAAAACAAGUAAACAAGAACACUGGUGGAGAGUCACUGAAUGUCAACAUUAAACCAAUGGCAAAACCCCCAGUAGAUAUCAAGGUUGUACAUCUCCUCAACCAGCCAAUGGCAGACUCCCAGUCAGCAUUUCAAGGCUGCAAUGAACAGAGUGGUAAUUGUGUAAAUGUGUGCUCAAGUCUGGCACAGCAAGGGACCUGCAAGUGCGAUGAGGGCUUUGCUCUCAGUAAGCAAGGAACUCAUUGUGAGGAUGUGAAUGAAUGUGCCCACUGGAACCACGGCUGCUCUCUUGGCUGUGAAAACAUCCCAGGCUCAUAUUUCUGUACCUGUCCUAAAGGAUACGCCCUUCUACCUGACAGGAAGACAUGUCAAGAGAUCACACCAUGUGAAAGUAACUUCACAAAGUGUGGCCAUGGAUGCCUGAUCACAGACGAGGGUGCUGUCUGUGUGUGUCCUGAGGGAUCUUUACUGCAGGAGGAUGGACAGGCCUGCACUGGCUGCUUAUCCACUGACAACGGAGGCUGCAGUCAGAUCUGCACUCCUGUAACUCCGAGUAGGUGGCAGUGCGGCUGUCUGCCUGGCUACCGGCUCCACCAAGAUGGCAAGCGCUGCCUCGCCUCUGGACCACCUCCUUAUCUACUGGUUGCAAAUCUAGUGGAUGUGAGACAAAUUCAUCCUGAUGGCUCUGGUGAUCACAGCCUUGUGGAGGAGCCCAGAGGAACAAUCAUAGCUUUGGACUACGACCCAGUUCAGAACAAUGUGUACUUUGCAAGCACAAGGCAGAAGACGAUUGAGCGUGUUAAUCUGAAUGGUGGGUCAAGAGAGAUUCUUUUGUCUGGUGGUUUGGAGUCUCCAGAAGGUCUGGCGAUUGACUGGAUCCAUCGCAGGAUGUACUGGACAGAUAAAAGCCAGUCAACUGUUGACUGCAGUAGCUUGGCUGGACUAAACAGGGAAACUGUUGUUAGCAAAGGGCUAGAAGAACCAAGAGGAGUUGCAGUUCACCCUUUGGCAAAGAAGUUGUUCUGGACUGAUAUGGGUGCCCAGCCUGUUGUGGAGAGUGCUUCUUUGGAAGGAACGGACCGGGUUAUAAUUGCUAACUCCAACCUUGUAUCACCAAGUGGCCUGACCAUUGAUUUCACUGAAGAUCGUCUGUUUUGGUGUGACCAGAGGAGGGGUUCGGUGGAGUCUUCAGCCCUGGAUGGUUCUGAUCGACGGGUCCUGUUACAGAACCAAGUAGGUCGACCUUUUGACCUUGCAGUAUUUGAGGACAGGUUGUGGAUAUCCGACUGGGAGCACCGGCAGCUGAAGAGAGUACACAAGCGGACAGGGAAGAUGCUGCAACGUAUCCAUGGUAACAUGGUCCAACCAGCAGCCAUUGUAGUGGUUCAUCCCCUCGCUAAACCAGGUGCCGAUGUUUGCCUCCACCUGAAUGGAGGUUGUGCCCAAGUGUGUGAAAGCAGGCUGGGAUUAGCCCACUGCUCCUGCCUCACAGACUACAUCCUGUCAGCUGAUGGACAGAGCUGCACACCUGCUGACGCUUCCAACAAAACGGCAGAAUCCAGAGACAGUUUAUCAGCUGAUUCAACGUCCCUAAAAAAUAAAACAUUCAAUGAAGAGAGCACAGCUGAACAGGUAUCAGCCUCUGACAUGAGCAGUGAGCCCACUCUCUUCACAGACAAGAUGGUUUCAGACCAGAAUGAGUGUUAUGCUCUCCGCUGUGAUGUAAAUGCACAGUGCCUGCUGAGUGCUGGAAGACCAGCCUGUAAGUGUCUAGCAGGUUUUGCAGGUGAUGGACAGUUCUGUGUUGAUAUUGAUGAGUGUAAACAGGGAACCCACACCUGUAGUAAAAACGCUGAAUGCCAAAAUAACCUUGGAAAGUAUCGCUGCAAGUGCGAGGCUGGAUACCAUGGCAACGGGAAGACAUGUCAAGCAUUGGACUCCACAUUGCCAUGGGUGACGACCAGGAGCCCUGCUGAUGUCACCACCCUGCACCACAACAGUAACUUUGUAGAGAGCUGCCCACCCACCCAUGAGUCCUACUGCCUGUACGGGGGUGUCUGCUUCUACUUUCCUGAAAUGGAGUCUUAUGCUUGCAAUUGUGUCUCAGGCUACAUGGGGGAGCGUUGUCAGUUUAGUGACCUGGAAUGGUGGGAGCUUCAGCAGGCCGAGGAGGAAAAGAGAAGAAACGUGGUCAUUGCCGCCUGUAUGGUGGUCCUCGUUUCACUCCUCUCCAUUGCUGCCUGUGUCACCUACUGCUUCGGAACUAGAAAAUUCUUCCACAAACAGCCAUCAAUGGAUAAUGUGAGUGAAACCAGUGUGACAGAUGAGAGCAUGUCAGAGAGCACAACCAACACAGUGCCCAGGUUUUACAUGGCGGUGGAAAAUGGUGUUGGGGGAAUGGUUAUACCAACAAUGGGCUGCCCCAGGAGAGCUGUCUGUCCCUCUUGCUCUUCAGAAACAGCUGACAACGCUGGGACUGAAGAACCUGGAACAAUGUCCAAACACAACAGAGGGUAUGAGUGUUCAAUGGUGUCAGCUGUUGCCAUGGAGACCACAGACUCCACUACCUAUCAAUCAAGUCCAUCACCAUCAAGCUCAUACACCUGUACAACUUUCAAGCCACCCCUGACCUCACAGACUCCCAGCCCUGAGUCCCCAGCCUCCUAG